AUGCUGGGAGCCGUCUGUCUCGUCGUGCUGCUGGGCUACGCCUACGGAUGCGGUCAGCCGGCCGUGCCACCACAGCUGAGCUCCCGCGUGGUGGGCGGUGAAGAUGCUGUAGCCCACAGCUGGCCAUGGCAGAUCUCACUGCAGUACAGGAGCGCUGGAUCCUGGUACCACACUUGUGGCGGGACCCUCAUUGCCCCCCAGUGGGUGCUGACAGCUGCCCACUGCAUCAGCUCUUACAAGACCUAUCGUGUAGUGCUGGGAAUGCAGGACCUGUCAGAGGAUGACGAGACUGGUUCUGUGGCUGUUGGUGUGGAGAAGACCAUCGUCCAUGAGGAUUGGGACUCCUACCUCAUCAUCAACGACAUUGCCCUGAUCAAGCUGGCAGAGGAGGUGCAGGAGACUGACACCGUCCGUGCCGCCUGCCUGCCAGCUGCUGGCAAGAUCCUGCCCAACAACUUCCCCUGCUAUGUCACCGGCUGGGGACGCAUCAGGACCAACGGGCCCCUGGCUGAUGCCCUGCAGCAGGCUCUGCUGCCCGUGGUGGAUUAUGAGACCUGCUCCAAGUGGGACUGGUGGGGCAGCUAUGUGGAUGAAAACAUGGUGUGCGCCGGCGGCGAUGGCAUCGUCUCUUCAUGCAACGGCGAUUCUGGGGGCCCCCUGAACUGCCAGCGCAACGAUGGGAUCUGGGAGGUCGAGGGCAUCGUCAGCUUUGGCUCCACCCUGGGCUGCAACACGAAAAAGAAGCCGUCAGUCUUCACCCGGGUGUCCGCCUACAUCGACUGGAUCAACGAGAAAAUGAGCACAAACUGAGGACGCAGCAUUGUGGAGAU